GGGUGUUAUGCUAAACAAAAUUAGAAAAAGACAGGAUUUUGGAAGACUACUGCCCAGAAGAAAAGAUGUUUGGUUUUCACAAGCCAAAGAUGUACCGAAGUAUAGAGGGCUGCUGUAUUUGCAGAGCUAAGUCCUCCAGUUCUCGAUUCACUGACAGUAAACGCUAUGAAAAGGACUUCCAGAGCUCUUUUGGGUCGCAUGAGACUGGUUCAGGAGACAUCUGUAAUGCCUGUGUCCUGCUUGUGAAAAGAUGGAAGAAACUGCCAGCAGGAUCACAAAAAAACUGGAAUCAUGUGGUAGAUGCAAGGGCAGGACCCAGUCUGAAGACAACAUUGAAACCAAAGAAAGUGAAAACUUUAUCUGGAAACAUGAUAAAAAGCAACCAAAUCAAUAAACUACAGAAGGAAUUCAAACGUCACAAUUCUGAUGCUCACAGUACCACCUCAAGUGCCUCCCCAGCUCAGUCUCCUUGUUAUAGUAACCAGUCAGAUGAUGGCUCAGAUACAGAGAUGGCUUCUGGCUCUAACAGAACGCCAGUUUUUUCCUUUUUAGAUCUCACAUACUGGAAAAGACAGAAAAUACGUUGUGGGAUUAUCUAUAAAGGCCGUUUUGAAGAAGUUCUCAUUGACACACAUCUAUUCAAGCCUUGCUGCAACGAUAAGAAAGCAGCUGCUGAGAAGCUGGAGGAGCAGGGGCCAGAGCCUCUGCCCAUCUCCACUCAGGAGUGGUGACUGAGGUUUAGGUAAAAGGGGAACAAAAAAACGAUUUAAAUUUUGGAAAGAAAACAAAGCAACAAAACCCUCCUAUUUUUAACUUGGAUACCUGCUAUUCUGCCAAAAGACACUUUCUAGAGUAGUUUUGAAUGGGUUGUUAUUUCUCCUCCAGUUCCACAAACUCUGAAGCCAGUGUCUAGCUUACUAAAAGAAAAAAAGUAUACAUAAUAUUUAAGAUGCUGAGUAUUUCACAGGAAAGCUGAUGCUGCUGUAAAGUGCUCUUUAAGUCUUUUUUUUUUUUUUAAUCCCCUUCUAAUGAAUGAAUCUAGGGGAAUUUCAGGGGACAGAGAUGGGAUGUGUUGUAUGAUAAACGUAUGUAGUUUUAGUCUUUCUAUAUUGAGAAGCAGUGUUGGGCAUUUUUAAGAUGGCUGGCUAUACUUGUUUUCCUUCAUGAUAAUAAAUUUGUCAUAACUCAGUAACAUGGACUUGCCCCAAGAGGUAGUUGUCAAUAAUUUAAGGUCUUGCCAAGGUUCUGACGAUUCAGACCUGUACUACUGAAUAUUAAGCAGGACAGACUAAGCUCUCUGGUGCAAAUGCCUCGAAGGAGUUGUUUCUAAACAUACAGAGAGGUAACUUGAGUGUAUAUGUUGCAUCCUCUGUCACCCCCCUCCAUAUUCAUUUUUGAUAAAGAUUUUAAUCUAUAUUGAAACUUCUAAAGCAGAAUCAAAGCUCCUCUGGGGAAAUGUCAAGUUUUAGGAUAAGCAAUCCUAAAUGAAGAGAACCAAAGCAUUACCGCAUGGUAGAGAUCACAUUCUAUUAAAAAUGUUAAAUUAUCUAAAAAAAAAUGUGCACGUCUUCAGGAUGGCACACACAAAAAACAAAGGUUAAUGCUGCUUGGGGCACAUUUCUUAGAGGGCUUGCCUAGUGUGUAAAUAAUUGACUUUUGUUUGUGUUACAUGACUGGUGACUUCAUUGAAAAUCUGCGCAAUUCAGUUUUAGCUCUGGAUUACUUCAGUUGACCUUUGUGAAGGUUUUGUCUGUGUAGAGUGAGUUGGGGUUGUUUGACUGGUUUUAACCUAUUAGGGUCUGGGGUUUUUGUUUUUUUUUUCCACUCUAAAGUAAAAUUCUAAAAGAAAAGAAGUGUGUGUUAAUGCUGAGUGGGCUGGUUUAGGUUUGACUUCUUUUAGUCAGGCUUUGUGAACAUUGAGAUGUUAGAUGAUGCAUCCUGAACACAGAGCUCUUUGAUUCCAAAAUCUUCAUUUGAGGCCUUUUUACCUGAACCCAAACCAAAGUACUGUCAUUGCCUCUUUUCUAAAUGUUCAGGAAUAUAACCUAUCACUGGUUCAGACCUCUCAUAAUUAGGGAGGAUCAUGUGCCUACCUUAUAAUAACAUGACUCAGUGAUUAUUUUUAAAACUGGAUUUUAAAAAUUAGAUAGUAUAAAUAACAGUAAGGAGUGAGCCAUUUUUUACGGGCACCAUAUAGUUUUAUAAUUCUUAAUCUAAACUUAAAAUUUUAUAUUUCUUCCUUAUGGCAAAAACUACAAGCCACCAUAUGCACAGAU